GAUUUCAAGGAUCUCAUUGCUGCUUGUCCUCGAAUUGAAAAAUUACGUGUUCUGGAUACUCGAGAGUUGCAUACUAUUGUAGUUUCAAAUCCUCAUCUGAAAUUUUUUGGAGGGAAUCUUUCUUGUUCUAAUGGUAAAAUACGAAUAGAGUCUGCAGAGUUUGAUUCACUUGAAUUUUCAUUCACCAAGUACGUGUGUAAAGUAGAGAUUACUUCCGCCACAACUGUAAGAGAGUUGACAGUGGGAAAUGCUAAUAACCAAGAGGCGUUGAUGCAUUUGAUAAAUAAGUUCCCUCUACUUGAGAAACUCAUCAUACAUGAUUGCAGUAGGUUGCAAAACCUUCAUAUUUCUCAACCAAAUUUGGCUAGCUUGGUGCUGAUGGAUUGCACGGUAGUACAGUUGAUACGACUAACUACACCCAAGUUGAAAUCGUUGGAGUAUAAGGGUCAACACACAAAUUUUGAGGGCAUAGAAGAUUUGGAAGAACUGGAAUUCGUUCUGUUGUAUUUAGAACCUGUAGACAUGGAUACAUACUGGUGGUACAAAUGGAUUCGAGAUAUUUUGAAGUCGUGUGCUCGUUCCAAGCAUUUGAGUGUGAUUUGCAAUAGUCAAAAGGUUAUCAUCAUUCCUGAAUAUCUAAAACAUUUAGUGUCGAUAACUGAUAUGGAGCAUCUGGAGUUAGAAAUUAAAACACUUGAUGCUACUUUUAAAGAGGUUACAGAUGAGCUCAUCAGUAUUCUUCCAGAUUUGAAGACUUUGUCAUUGACUUUGGGUUCCACCACAAAGUACUUCCAGAUUCGUAUAGACGAGGAUGGUGAUCUCUCCGCAGAAGAAGAAGUGCACAAUCCAAAACCUAAUAGGAGAGUAUCCAUUCUUAGAAGUAUGAUCAGCAAACAGAUUGGAGAGUGAUUUUGUUCUGUUUUUCUACUUACUUUGCAUGAUCCUCUGUUGACAAAAACUCAUCAAGUUACUGUUUGUUUCUCUACAUUUCGGUGAAGAAAUAUUUUGCUACAAUCAAAUAUUUCGUUAAUCUCUUUCAUAUUUUCAAUACCAUUCUCGUUUUCAUU